GCGCCAUUGAAUUUGUGUCCUUCAUAUCGCUGCUAGAAAAUGGCUGAAGAAAAAGAAUUAGUGGACCCUAUGAACCCACUAAAAGAGGAGUGCAGCCAGUCGAGCCACUGCCUGCACCUGAAGGAUGAAUUAGAUCGAUGCACUGAAAGGGUCACGAGUCGAACGAAGACAACGGAGACAUGCACGCAGGAACUGUUUGACUUCAUACACUGUGUUGAUCAUUGUGUAUGUAUUGGGUUGCAUGAGUGUUUGUGUGCGUCUGCGUGCGUGUAGGUGGGUGGGGGACUACAAUCUGAGUGAUUAACACUAGCCACAGAAAGUAGCGCCUCUAUCGCUGCCACUGCUGUUUUGGAAACGUAUUAAAUUUAAAUGAAAAAGUGGCGACAAAAUCGCUACCGUUACGUCUUUUGAACUAUGAUAUAAGAAGUGUUGUAGAAGUAUCCUCACUUAUUCCAUUCUGGAGACUUCAGUCUUCUACUUUAAUGUUGGCGCGUUAAAAAUUGAAUCGGUCGUCUAGAAUGUUCGUAAUUUUACGACAUAAAUAUCAUUACGUUAAGGAUUGUUAUAUUCUGACUGAAUUGAAAUUUUUAUGAUUUGUACCGAAGGAUGCAGUUUUCAGCAUUCAAAGUCUAUAUUUGCCCGAAUUGGCUGAUCACCUGUUAACCACGUGUUAAAGUUGAAUGAAACCACAUGUUAAAGUUAGAAUUACGGAUUUAUUACAAGAUGCAAAGAAAUCAAACCCCAUAAGUUGCAAAGUAACUAAAAAAAAGCAAUAAACAAAUGCAAAAACAAAACAACGUCAUUCAAUCUAAGUAUCUUUUAUUUGAAAAUUGUUAAUUAUUUCGCAAACUCUAAUUAGGAAAAUUUUUGGUCAAAAGUUGCUCUAGCGAUUUUAUUUUUGCUCCUAGAAUUUGCUCGGCUAUUAACACCGUGUAUUGUGGUGUUUUGUAUUUUAUUGUAUGCCUACAUUAUUUUUAUGGUUAUUUUCAGGUUUCACAAUCUCUCUUCAAGCAUUUGAAAUGAUGAGUAAUCCAUUGAAUGAAGGAGGAACGAGAUUGAACGACAAACAAACAUUAAACUUGUUGACUAGUGUUAAUCUAACGAUUAAUCAUCUUUUUCAGUUAAUUUCAAUUGAUUUUAAAAAAAACGAAAUAAAUUAAUUGUAUUUAUUUGUUGGUCUUAAACUAUACUAUAAUAAAAAAGAUACAUGUGUGUUAUUUG